AUGACACCCAUCUUCCUCAUCGCCGCCCUGAGUCUGCUCUCAGCAGCCGCCGGCCAAGCCGUCCCAGGCACCCAACCGACCGUCACCGUCUCUGGCGGUCCCGUGGCCGGAACGUCCGUCGGAUCGGUCAACCAAUUCCUCGGCAUCCCCUUCGCCGCGUCGCCCACGCGCUUCAACCCGCCGCAGCCGGCUCCCACGUGGCAAGGCACCCUCGACGCCACGCAGUACAAGCCCGCCUGCGUCCAGCAAUUCAACUACCCCGAGAACGCCCGCAACAACACCAUCCAGUGGUUCAGCACGCCCGGCCCGCCUGCCGGGGAGAGCGAGGACUGCCUCUACCUCAACGUGUACGCGCCCGCCGGGGCCGUUGCGGGAUCGAACAAGGCCGUCAUGUUUUGGAUCUUUGGCGGCAGCUUCACUUUUGGGACCGGCACGCUUCAUCAGUAUAAUGGCACGAGCUUUGCGGAGAACCAGGAUGUUAUUAUUGUCACGCACAACUAUCGCACCAAUGUCUUUGGCUUUCCUGGAGAGCCCGAGAAGCCCACGUCGCAGCAGAACUUGGGAUUCCUCGACCAGCGUCUGGCCCUGGACUGGGUCCAGCGCAACAUCCGCUCCUUUGGCGGCGAUCCGACCCGCGUCAUCCUGUUCGGCGAGGGCGCUGGCGCACAGAGCGUCGACGUGCUCGUCACCAAUCCGCCGCUGCCGGUGCCCUUCAUCGGGGCCAUCAUGGAGUCCGGCCAGGACUCCAUCUCGACGCCAAGCACAGCCUCUGCCCAGUCUUGGCCCAAGCUGGUCAUUGCCACCAACUGCACGACGGCGCUCAGCGCUCUCGAUUGUGUCCGCAAGGUUUCAGCCUCGGACAUCAAGAGCAUAAUCGAGCAUCAGCAGCUUUCGUUUGCACCCAUUUACGACAAUGGAACCACCUGGAAGGGAACAGGCCGCGUCGACCGCCGCAGCUCGACGCCCGCCAAUCCGCGCAUCGCCCGCGUGCCUAUCCUCAUAGGCUCCAACGCCGACGAGGGAUCCUUUGUCGUCUACGGAGUGACUGACGUUCGCGGCACCCUCUCUCAGGUGUUUCCACCCAACUCGUCGCUUCUAAUAAACACGCUGCUUAGUCUUUAUCCUCCCAACACGGGCAACGGCACAGUCAACACACAGCUAGCCGCCAUUCUCAACGACUUCCUUAUUAAAUGUCCUGCCAAGGUCGUGUCUACUGAGACGGCGGCCGUCGGGAUCCCGGCGUGGCGCCACUACUUUGACGCCGCCUUUGCCAACACCCAAAUCUUCCCCGGGGCCGGUGCGUACCACUCGGCCGAGAUCAACCUCGUUUUCGGCACGUAUCCGCAAGCCGGGGCGACGCCCUACCAUAUCAAGCUCAGCAUGGCCAUGCAGAAAGCCUGGGCAGACUUUGCCAAGAACCCAGCCCAGGGCCCCGGCUGGCAGGCGGUGCCUAAGAUUGCCAUAUUCGGCGCCGGUGUCAGACCCGGUGGUGACGAUGGGACCGGCAAACCUACCUCGGUGGUCACCAGUCCCAACCAAAUAGACAGGUUCUGCCCGCUUUACCAGCCCAUCUACGACGCUAGAAUCCUACUGUCUCUCUAG